UUCCUCUGCAGUUGAGGAGAGAGAGUGAGUGAGACACACACACAGAGAGAGAGAACGAGAGAAAAAGAGAGAAAGAGCGAGGAAGAGAGAAAAAAAAGAGAGUGAGAAAGAGGGGUAACAUUGGGGAAAAGUCUCCCCCUCUUUUCAUUGAUUUGUCCUAAACCGUCUUGCCCCCCCCCUCUCCGGAGAAGAUGAAAUACAUCAUAGGAAUAGGAGGGGUGACCAAUGGGGGCAAGACCACUUUGACCAAUAGACUUACCCAAGCUCUCCCCAACUGUUGCGUGGUCCACCAGGAUGACUUCUUCAAGCCACAAGAUCAAAUACAAGUCGGGGACGACGGCUUUAAGCAAUGGGAUGUUUUGGCUUCCCUGGAUAUGGAGGCGAUGGUGAACACCGUGAGGGCCUGGCGAGAGAACCCCGUCAAGUUCGCCCGAUCGCACGGGGUGAACGUGUCGCACGACGCGAAGAUGCCCGACUCGGAGGACAUCGACAUCCUGGUGGUGGAGGGAUUCCUGCUUUAUAAUUACAGGCCUUUGGUGGAUUUGUUUGAUAAGCAGUACUACUUGGCCGUUCCUUAUGAUGAGUGCAAACGGAGGAGGAGUACACGUAAAUACACCAUUCCUGACCCUCCCGGUCUAUUUGACGGUCACGUCUGGCCAAUGUAUCUUAAACACAGGAAGGAAAUGGAGGCCAAUAAAGUCAACGUUGUUUAUUUGGAUGGAUUGAAGUCCCGAGAUGACCUUUAUUUGCAGGUCUUGGAAGAUAUUCAGAACACGCUCUUGAACUGUUCAUAGGAUCUGCGGGAAACAGAAAGAUCUAUGUACAGAUGUGAUGUAAAUACUUUUUUUUUUGGCAGAAGCAUGGAGAAUUGAGUUUAAAAACACCUGCUGGACAUUGUCCUUUAAGAAAACAACUUUAUGUAUAUAAUUGCACGCUAAGACAACUUAUUGACCACACAUCUGUGGGCAGUCUUUUUAUCUUCUUAUUUUAUAUUCCACUGAUUUUGCGUUUUUCAGCUGCAUUUUUAUACUUGGAUGAAGUUUGUAAAAUACUAUCGCUUAAGUCCUUUAACAAUAAUAUCUUCUGUAACUAUUUGUGUAAUAAAUACCAUAAUGUAUAUUCAAUAAAGAUUGAGACGUUUUGUAUAUCGUA